CCAGAUUCUGAGAAAGUUUGCAAUGCGCUGAAUCAGAGUCAGCUAAUACGGCACGAAUCUAAAUCGAAAGGAUUUGGUUCAUAGGAUUCAGCUGAUUCAGAGUCAGCAUUUGGUGGCACUGGCUGUGUACCCUGUUUACCACCGGAAACCAACAGCGUUUAUAGCAACCGACUGCGAAGGGAGAGUGAGGCUAGCAACAAGACCGACCAAAGAAAUCGAGUGAAGAUAGUUAGCUAGCUUGGCUACAUUCAGUCUAUCCAAAUAUUUCAGAUCGUGAAAGGGUGGAACACAAUCCAACGGGAUACAGUUGUAUUUUAUUGUUGUGCGUCCACUGCAAUGUUGCAACUGUUUGCGUUAGUUGUGUUUGAAUGAUUGAUGAUAUUCUAGCAAUCCUAGUUGCCAAGGGUGGCUAAGGGAUGGGUAACGUUGGUUAGCUAGCCAGCUAACGGUAGUUAUCUAUUGCAAAGGCCCCACUUUGCAUAUCACCCUCUGAAGCAAAAUCUACGUUUGCGUUUCAGUCGCAAAGUUGUGUGCUUAGCUUGCUACCAAACCACGUUAGAGUUUGGUGGUCAGAUCGAACUGACCUGAAAACAGACGUGAAAGCGGAGACAUCAGUUGCUCAAUUUCAAAUUUGUCACAGGGUGUUGCAGCUGAACGAACCAGACAUGGUAACUGGACGCAGUCACAGGUAGUGUCGCAGUGAUCCUAGAACUAAUUGGACCAGCACUGCAAGGAGAACCCGGAAUCAUCUGCAGCCAUGUUGGAGGAGGACAUGGAAGUGGCCAUCAAGGUGGUGGUAGUGGGCAAUGGAGCUGUGGGCAAAUCCAGCAUGAUCCAGCGUUACUGCAAGGGAAUCUUCACCAGGGAUUACAAGAAGACCAUCGGCGUGGACUUCCUGGAGCGUCAGAUUGUAGUAAACGAUGAGGACGUCAGAUUGAUGCUGUGGGACACGGCGGGCCAAGAGGAGUUUGAUGCCAUUACCAAGGCAUAUUACCGAGGCGCCCAGGCCUGUGUGCUGGUCUUCUCCACCACUGACCGUGAAUCCUUCGAGGCCAUCGUCAGCUGGAGAGAGAAGGUGGAGGCGGAGGUCGGAGACAUCCCCACCGUGCUGGUGCAGAACAAAAUCGACCUCCUGGAUGAAACGGUGAUAAAAAACGAGGAAGCAGAGGGCCUGGCAAAGAAGCUGAAGCUGAGAUUCUACCGUGCUUCAGUGAAGGAGGACCUUAAUGUUAAUGAAGUUUUCAAGUACCUGGCUGAAAAAUACCUGCAGAGACUCAAGCUGCAGAGUGCUGAGGAGCCAGAGGUGGUGCACACAACCAGCAAUAAAAUCGGUGUGUUUAACACUGCCGGUGGCAGCCAUUCCAGCCAGAACUCCGGCGUGAAUGGCUGUGAGGUCAUCAGCCUGCGACCAAACAGACAGAGGACCAAGAGGAGCAAAACCCCUUUCAGCAGCUGCAGCCUGUUGUAAAAUGACUGUGUGUGGAGACUGGUCAGUUUCAGAGUGAAUGAAUCCUGACUGGCUGAGAGAUACGUGACUCCGGGUGCACUCACAAAAUGCAAAGGUCAAACAGCCAUUUGCAGAACUCAGCAGCCCAUCCAAUCAGGAAUGUGUGUGUGGGUGAUUGCUGUGAUGUCAUAUCUUCCUGAAUAUAACCAGCCCAAGAAUGGUCUGAGAAUGCGUUUUUUUCCCUUGCCUGAUGUAAAUGGUCUUUGCCACCCUUGUCCUUGAGUUCUGCAUUUGGCUGUGGAGGCCCUGCGCUGUCUUUGAUCUUUGUGAAUGGUCCUUAGUUUUGAAGCUAUUGAUACAAGACUACCUAAUAUGAUUGGUUUGAAAACUCACUUCCUGACUCCCCCCGGUGGCUAUGUCUGGUAGGACAGCCUAAGUUGUAAAAUCAUGGUGUCUGAAUUGCGUGCACAUUUCAUUUCUUUUCAUUCAGGCAUUCCAUAAGUGAUAUGAAAUUAGCAUACUUUCUAUUGGUCCAGAGCAGAAUGAUGUUGUGCUGGUUUAUCAGCAUAUUUGUAUAUGUACAUAUGCGAUUUUAUCAAAUUACCAUUUGUGCAUUUUACUGUUCAUCUGUGCAAUAUGUUUUUAUUGGUAGAGAUAUA